CUAUUGUGUUCUACACUUAAUAAAAACAACAGAAAAUAAUAUGUUGCCAUGGUUACGAGUUUAGUAUUUAUUUUUAAAAACUAUAAUUAUUUGUCGGAAUGGACAUAUUUCAAUAUUUCGAUUUAGCCACAACUGAAGAAGAGAUCAGAGAGGGGGUCAAUACGUGGGUCAGUACCCGGGAUAAAUGCCAGAAACUUGACCACAACCGCUACAUCUCAUUGCGAGAUUUCACAGAACAGAGCCUUAGAGAUUUGGAUGAGGGAGGUCUUGAUGACGGUAAACUGUGUGGAUUACUGGCUGAGCUUAUCAAAUGUAUGGGCAAGCUGUCGGUGUACAUCGAGUAUCCUCACUGUAAACAUGUCGUUGUUGGAACUGGGUUCAUUCAAAGAAUACGGAGAGUAAAUCGUGAAGAUUCCGAAAUGGGGCAUUUUACCAUCACAACCUGUGUUAAUGUGGUGCGAAAAAUGACGUCGUACGACGAGGUCAAGGUCGUUUUGUUUUAUGACGAGCAUGAAAAUGAAGGGAAAAUUCGGAGUUUGAAGCUGGACAAAAUUCCAGAAUUUGACGAAAACCAGGACUGGUGUUCCAUAGAAUGUGUGAGCCAGGAUCUAGAUGUCGUGGAGAGGUUGGAGAGUUGUCUGGCGAGGUAUGAGGACCAUCAGAAGAAAGUUUACCAGCGUUACAUAGACGCUGGGGAUGAGAGUUGUCCUCGAGUUGUCGCUCUUGUCGGCUAUCCACACGGCAUGCCUACAACCGUAUCGCUCGGUCACGUGAUCCAGAAGAAAACUCUCCACCUGACCCGGGACGGGAAAGACUGGUGUAGAUACGCCUAUGACACGCCCACCUGCCCGGGGAGCAGCGGGUCCCCGGUGUUUAUUCUGGGUCAGCCGUUGGCGGGGUUCGGGUACUGGUUCGGUCACCCGCACAACCACAGUCGGGGUUACUGCGGGUUGUCGGGUGAGCCCGUGGGUUUCAGCUGUGUUGGUGCUGAUUGUGUGGGCUUCUAG